CUUUGAUAUCGUAAUAUAAACGUCCACUCUUGGCUGCCUUCGCCAGGAUCUUAUCACCUCGGGUACAUGCCCACCCGCCCACCUGUGGCGGAGAAACUCAUGCAUGGCAAGUCAUUUGGGUGAUCCUGAGAUCAACCUGUUUGUUCCCUGAAGGACAACUCCGAAUAUCAGCAUCAUCCUGCUUGCUUUUAUUGAGACCCUUUCCCCCCUUAGUCAAUCGGGUAGUCUCACACUUCUUCCCUUUUCUCCCCUAGCUCCGUGAUUUGUCUUCUCGUUCAUUAGGACUCAGUACAAGUCUUAGCCGUGAAGAAGAUGGCCGCCACGAAUGGUCAUACUGUUCCCAAGAUGACUUACCAACACCCCUUGGAUCAGUUGAGCGCCGAUGAGGUCAACGUUGCUCGGCAAGCGGUACUUGACGCCCGCAAGGCUGCUAUCCUUUUCCGCAACAUCUUCACUUUUGAGCCAGCAAAAGCCGAGCUAGUGAAGUUCCUCGCCGCCGAGCAUGCUGGAGCCCUCUCCUCUGAGACUCCCCGACCUCCCCGCCAGGCCCGUGUACAGUAUGACGUGAUCUUUGAGGACCGACACCAUGAGUACAUGGAAUCUAUAAUCGAUAUUGCCUCAGGCAAGGAAGUCGAGCAUAGGCGGGUGCCUGCGACUUCCCAACAAUCUCUGACACUGGAUGAAUUUAGACAGUUCAACGAAGUGUGUGUGGAAUCAGAGCUGUUCAAGAAUGCCAUCAAAGAGCUCAACCUGGACGAGAAAUUCGAGGUUGCCAUUGACCCAUGGCCUUACGGCGGUCCGGAUGCCGGAGAGGUCGCCCCAAGAUACACUCAAGGCCUAUGCUUCGCCAAACUACGAAAUGGCAACCCCGAUAGCAAUCAUUACGGGUUUCCUCUGCCUAUCAUUCCAGUGAUGGAUACCUACAAGAAGGAAAUUGUUCGGAUUGACCGUCUUGCCACUGGUGGCACCGAGGAUGGGCUGAACUAUGGCACAGCCGGCAAAAACAUCCUCGAACAUUGUAAACCGGCUGAAUACGUCCCAGAGUUGCUGGAUACCCCUCUUCGCAAGGACCUGAAGCCCUUGAACGUGAUACAACCCGAAGGGCCGUCCUUCACCGUCAGUGAUGACUCUCUGAUCGAAUGGCAGAAAUGGAGGUUCCGAGUUGGAUUCACUCCUCGCGAGUGCGCUGUCCUUCACGAUAUUCACUACGAUGGCCGGAGCGUGCUCUACCGCUUGAGUUUGUCCGAGAUGACCGUUCCGUACGGCGAUCCUCGACCGCCGUUCCAACGGAAGCAGGCCUUCGACUUUGGUGAUGCUGGUGCAGGCAGAGCUGCAAACAACCUUGCACUUGGCUGCGACUGUCUCGGCGUCAUCAAAUACAUCGAUGCAAUGCUGGUUGACUCGGAGGGCAAACCCUCGGUGUCAAAGAACGUCGUGUGCAUCCAUGAACAAGAUAAUGGAAUCGGUUGGAAACACACCAACUUCAGAACCAACCGAGCAGUGGUGACGAGAUUGAGAGAAUUGGUCGUCCAGUUCAUCAUCACGCUGGCAAACUACGAGUACAUCUUUGCCUUUAAAUUUGAUCAAGCUGGAGGCAUCACAAUCGAGACUCGAGCCACUGGAAUCGUCUCGGUGGUCAACAUCGACCCUGGCAAGGUUAGCCCCUAUGGCAACGUCGUUUCCCCGGGUGCCCUCGCCCAAAACCACCAGCAUAUUUUUGCCGUCCGAAUUGACCCGGCCAUCGAUGGCCAUUCCAAUACCAUUCUCACGGAAGAAUCACUGCCUAUUCCUAUGAACCCCAAGACGAACCCCCAUGGCAACGGAUACGAAAUCGUUCGCAAGCCCGUCACCAAAUCGACAUCAAUUCACGCCUCUCCUUUCACAAACCUGACCAUCAAAAUGACCAACCCCAACAAGGUCAACCCCGUCUCCCAACGGCCCGUCUCGUACAAGUUUAUUCCCACUCCGUCCCAAUUGAUGCUCGCAGACCCAGAGUCCAUUGCCGCCAAGCGCGCCGCUUACGCCCAUCACCACGUGUGGGUCACCAAGUACCGAGACAAUGAGCUUUUCGCAGCCGGGGAGUUCACAAACCAGUCACAGCUCGAGGUGGGCGGCGUGGCGGACAUGGCUGCUCGCAACGACGAUGUAGAGAACGAGGACGUGGUCGUCUGGAAUGUCUUUGGCCUUACCCACAACCCCCGUGUGGAAGAUUGGCCUGUGAUGCCGGUGGAGAUCCACCAGGUCCAUCUUCGCCCAGCAGACUUCUUCGAGAGGAAUCCUGCCAUUGACGUACCCGGCAACAAGAACAUUGCCAGCGUCGAGGUUGGAAGAGAGGCGAACGGUGAAUGCUGUCAUGUGAACGGCGAUGGAUCGGUACAGGCCGCUCCGACUUCGCACCUGCAAGGUACUGGAAGCACGCCUGUUGCGGCAGUCAAUGGACAUUAGAUCAUGAUAGCAUAUAGAAUGUAGCACGAUUACGUCGCUGGUGUUUAUAAGCUGCGAGGAGGAACCAGCAUUUUAAAUAGGUUUCACGGGGAAAAGGCACAGCAUAUUUGGUAGCACAAUACAAUUCGAACAGAGUACACAUGAGUGCGUACUGCAAGAGAUUUUCAUCUCUACAAAGGUCGGAAUGACUGGAUGAAUCUAGUGAGAGGCUGUAAUCGGAACGACAUGUGAAGGGAGCGGGGGAGGGGGGUUUGAGGCACCUAGGCUAGUCUUUGGCAGAUCACCGCGGAAAUUUGUCCCACA